AUGUGUGCCGCAAUCACUCAUCCUUCUUCCAGCCACGACAUGGUUGUUGUCGUCGUCGGUUCGAAAGAGUUCAGAGUCUCCCGUAAUCAAAUCUGCUCUUGCAGUGAGUUCUUCGGAUCGGCUUAUCAUAAUGGCUCGGACGAGGCCAAGGCUGGUAGGUUUGUGUUCAGUGAUAGCUUGAACCGCCCGGAGGAAUGGGAACUGGUUAUGUCGCUUUUGCGUCCUUUUUCUCGGAUUACGGAAGACAACUUCGCCACUGUGCUUCCAUGGUUUUCCUUUCUUGGCAUACAUCAAGGCACGGAAGAAUGCGACAAGUAUCUCCAUGCGAAGUUGUUGUCUCUGCCGACGACAACAGAAUUGGGUGUGUUUCUCACUAAUCUGCACACGUGCGUUCGAUACGACCUCAACCGGAGUAAGGCGACGUGUUUGGGAUACAUCAAACCAUUCCUGAUGGCAGCAAACAGCCGUUCUUUGGACCAGCACCAGCUGGCAACCAUAUUGGACCUCGUUAAGCGCCAUGACGACUGCCGCCAAAGCUGGUGGCCAGUUUUGGAGAAGCACAUUUCCAAGCCAUUUUCGGAUCGAGCCAAACAGGAUGUAUUGAUCGACACUGGCGCUCUUCAGCAAUUAAUCUUGCUCGACCUGAAGGGAGACGUUUCGGACGGCCCAAAGCGCUCCAAGAAGCGCACCGGGGAUGCCUUGGAACAGGAGAGUCGCCUUGACAGUUCGAUGUCUAAGAAUCGCAGCGGCUCCAGUACUAUCAACAGUGGCAAGGUCAAUGAUGGACGCGCUAGUCAUACGCGCACCGUUUCCAACAAGAGUCGACGGGGUGAAAAGGUUUUGGAAGUGGAUCAACUGAGUCAUCAAAACGGUGCAGCAGAUGCAACGAGCAGUCGCACUCGUAUCAAGAUGGAGGCGUAA